UCUUCGUAUUACACGUUGCAGAACGGUAUCACGGAUUUUUACCUGGUAAACUUGGUUUAUCAAAAUAUUCUACAAACAUAAACUACUUUAUGGCGAACACUUUGUGUAUACUACCGAGUGGUGGUUCUUUGGAUGACCAAAUAGUACCCGACACGGACGACUGUUUUCUUACUCCUACAGAUAUGGGAUUUCACGGUGGAAACGCAAACAAAGCGUCACUGGACUUUGACAAAUUUAUUCUGGAAGAGUUUUGUAAGAACUCUCGCAGGGAAAGCGCUAGUGUGAUUGACGAGUUUUUCGGCGCCGACAAAGAGAGCGGGAACGUGACUGCCCGUUCAAUGAGUCUCCAUAACUUGAAAAAUGGCGUCAUCAGUUCGGCAAAACAGCAGAUGUUGCAACUCGUGGAGAAGCAAGCGCUCUUCACGGGAUCGCCCAGGAGGGAGAGUUCCUCGCUGGUGGAGGAUUUCUUCGGCAUAAAGCCGGCCGCCAACAUCGCUCUGAAAAUGGAGCCAGACGACAAGGACACGGAUGUCUUCUCCAUAGACACGACUCUGUACGACACCGUCAUCCCGGACAACGUGGUCGAGCUGGAGAAGCAGAGUCGUCAGGUUUCCGACUCACUGUGGGAGGACCUCCGCGCCAGCAUCAACAUGGUCAAUGACGUGGAUGGCGACCACAAGAGCGAGUCUGUGGUCAAAUGUGAACCCAUGGACACAAAGGACAAACCCGCCUGCCAGUUCCACAAUAUGUCGGUUCUCCAGUGCGGCUUCCCAGACGUGAAGCACGAACAGGCAGCAGCAGCAGCGGCGGCAGCGGCAGUAUCGAUGGGUAACGAAAGAUCCGCACCCUCCAGCAUGUCUCGUCCAGAUCAAGUGAUAUUUUCGCAGUCAAAUCUUUCCGGAAUGGACAAUACGGCUGUGACCGGUUCUGGAAUGCCUUACUAUCAGUAUGGACGUUCUGAGGGUGGGAGUCAGUACGCCAAUUCCCCCAGCGCUAAUCACAUCGUGCCCGUGUACCUGCCGACUCCCCCCAACUCCCAGCCAGCUAGUCCGAGCCAGGAGUUCGUACGCCGCACGCCUCCCCCUCCCUACCCGGGAUUCCAGCGUCAUACUCCGUCCGUGCUCAACGGCAGCCAGUUGAUUGCGCUGACGACGACAUCGGGCAAGCCGCAGAAGACUCACCCCGGAUGCACGACGAUCAGAUACAACAGGAAGAAUAAUCCAGAGCUGGAGAAACGACGAAUACACUUCUGUGACUUCCCAGGAUGCAGAAAAGCAUACACUAAGAGUUCUCACUUAAAGGCGCACCAAAGAAUACAUACAGGAGAAAAGCCUUACACAUGUCAUUUCCCGAGUUGUCAGUGGCGCUUCGCUCGAUCAGAUGAGCUGACACGUCAUAUCCGGAAACACACGGGAGCCAAGCCAUUCAAAUGCAAGGUCUGUGACAGGAGUUUUGCCCGAUCCGACCACCUCGCUCUGCACAUGAAGAGACACGAGCCAAAGAGCAAGUGAAUUUGACCUUGACCCGUGGUACUUGUGAAGAGGAGCACAAUGCCAGAUUUUGGAGCGAGUUGUCGGGAAGCCAUCAUGGUUGUCCAGUAUUGGACUGCGACUGGUUUUUUAUGGUAUCCUCCUUUGGAUGUCAGAAUGUUUUGACAACUAUCUAUCCUCAAGCCAGCCAGGUGGGUCCAUAAUGAACAUGGAUUGUUACAGUGUUAUCCCACUUGAAUACCAGACUUUUCCCCACAAGAUAUCAAGAUCUCUCAAGUCUGGCAAGAGUAACAGCUCCGAGUUUUUGUUGUCUGCAUCGAUCGUCUGACAGAUCACGUGACCUUGUCCCACAUGACGUUGAACAAUAUAAUCAGUGUGCCAUAGAUCCAAGACAGUUUUAGAAGAAAAAAAUAAACUGCAGGAUAAACAAAACAACUGAAUAUAUAUAUAUAUAUAUAUAUAUAUAUAUAUAUAUAUAUAUAUAUAUAUAUAUAUAUAUAUAUAUAUAUAUAUAUAUAACUUGAUCUCAAACGAAGUGAUAUUAUGAUGUAAACGUUAUGCACCUCGCUGGGUGAUUGUGAGUGUCGUAUGGUGUUUGUUUCCCAGAUAAUAACAUACGUAGUCGUUGAGUGUCGUUAUUUAUUAUUCAUGGUCACGUUCACGUACAAUCGUAUUGCAUGCAUGUACAUUCGUGUUGCAAUAGUUUGAUGACUAAGUGGAAGUUCGGUGCUAGCGGUAACUGGUGCUAUCUUCAUAUGUUUUUUUACCCCCUCAUCUCGGUGAUUGCUGGUUCAUGAAAGAACAAUAUAAUCAGACUACAAAAGAUUCUUUGUAUACGGGCACCUGACCUAGUGCUUAUAAAACAUUUAAGAAGUCUAGACUGGAGAUUUUAAUGAAGUCUCGUUCAUACAAGAUAAAUCACGGUUUUUUUUUAGCGUCUGGAUACUUUGCUGAAGGCUACCGUCAAGACUUUUGAAAGUUUUAUAAGCAUGGGUCCUUGAACACCCCUAAAACAAUUAAGUAAUGUAUUAUCAAUAUGGUAUAUUUUUUAAUUGCAAUUGCAGUGAUAUAAAUAUCCAUUCUUCUAUUUUGGUACGGUAAUUUUUGGAGUGUUUUGGCAUAUGUGUAUAAUAUAUUAUUGAUACAUUUAAAAUAAGUCUUCAUAUAUUUGGAAAGAUAACUUGUGAAAAAAAAACCCACUUAAGUUGCUUAUUGUUUUUAUGGGGUGUGUUAUAAUAAUUCUCUGAACUUAAGUAUGCCCACUCUACCUACAAAUGAAGGCAUAUUGUCUACAAAGACCACUUGCUCACACGGGUCUGCUGUAGAUCCCCUGUAUGUCCUUUAUAGAAUAGUCUGAUUAUAUUGAGGGAUUCAGGUUUGUGGGGGGUGGUAGGGGAAUGUGGCCAGUAUAUUUGUUUUCACUAAUUUAACAUGGUUGUGAAAAAUGGUGAUAAAUAAAUGUGUUCAUUAUUUUCAUUUCUCUCUCUAUUUCUCAUGAAAUCCACCCUGGCUUGUAUCAGGAAGGGGAAUGUUUCAGGUCUUUUUUUUCAUGAGCAUAUCGUUACGUACGAUUGUAGCGCGCUGAGAGUCGUUAAUUUAUAUUUGUAAACUACAAAAGGACAUUGGUUAUAUGUAUAGUUUGAAGCCAUGACGUUCCUUUUGUUUUGUUGUGUGUACUGUUUUUGGUUCGUUUCGUUUUGGCAGUGACUUAAGCGGUCGGGUAAUCGUGCAUUGGCGAAGGGGCAAGGUCGUCAGAGAGAGCUCUGUUAAGUUUUUUGAAAAUAAAAUAAAUUUGUUGAAACGUUUGAUCCAGGGGGCAGGGUAAUCCCAGGUCGCCUGGGAGAAAGUGAUGCGGAUACUGCCAGUCCACCCCUAGUUAUUUUUAGUGCUAUUGUGCCCACAGUGUAUCAUGUGAUCUGCCUUUAUUGUGUCUACACACAUUUGGUGCCAAACGGAUCUGGUAAUUACCAUUCCAAGUUAUGGUGCUGAUGCACAAAUAUCGAUGACGUCAAAUUUUUAAUGUGUAGCAGAUGUCGCAUACUUUUCUAAAAUAUAUAAAUAUAUACAUACACAUAUAUACAGACAUACAUACAUAAGAAUUGAUUUUUAUUUCUGUCCAUAAGAAAUUGUGAAAGUUGUCGACGAUAUGUUAUGUGAUGCAUUGUUUCUUAUUUUUGUACCACUUUGGGUGAUAUUGUUGUUUCACUACGUUGAUAUUUCCAGAAUGUUGUGAGACAAUAAAAUUUGUUAUUAACUAUA